AUGGACCCGCUUGAGCAUGUCCUUGUUAACCUUUUGGGUGCCACGUUAUUGGACUUGCCCUAUUGUUGUUUCUUUGCGGAGUACGGAAUUACUCAGGCUACAUUGGUCCCUGUUGCAUCAGCUGCCCCGGCUACAUCUGUUGUUGCCUCUGUUGCUAGGAGUACUCUGGAAAAGAGUUCUGCUGCAAAGUUUCGAAAAACCAUUAAGAAUCACUCUGUUGCAUACCCUUUGUUCAAUGAAGACCAUCUCUGGGUGACUUGGAGUACAAAUAUUUGUAUCAAGCUCCGCAUUCAUGGUGUCCAGCUUGUUCUUGAUCAUGAUUAUGUUCCUCAGACUGAUGAGGAAGUGGAGACCUUUUUGGAGAUGCAAAAUUUUGUCUUUGGUAUAUUCAGUGAUACCCUGUUGACCUCUCAUGCACGCGGUAUUCUACACAUUGAUGACUUGGAUGCUCAAGCUGAUAUUAAUGCGCAAAUUAUGGCUAUGUCUAUUGAGACAAAGUUGACCCUGUACUCACUUGCAACUUCAAGAGCCAAAACCUGUGUUGCUUUUCUCACAACUUGGUGUAACGUCAUCUAUGACUUGGAGCACAUUACUGACUUUCAACUCCCUGAUCAUCAGAAAAUUGUCUGUCUUAAGUCUGCUGUCCGUUUGCAUCCGCAAUUGAAAUUGUUCCUUGGCAAUGUCCAGCUUUACUCUUGUACCCAUGUGGGGAAGAGUGCCAAUGAUUCUGACUUUGAAUAUAUUUAUGAUCUGAUGCUUGAGCAUGCCACUGAUAUUGACCAUACUGAUCUGGAAGAUGGUAAGACUCCUGAAUCUCAGGGCACUGUGGCUUUGAAUGACUGGGAUGCCCCCUCUGUUGAUGAGGAGGAUGCCCUCUCUGCUGAUGAAAAGGUGUCAUUCCUACUGUGGAUUCACUCAAUGCCUUGA